CCAGGCCGGCGGAACCCGAGGCGCGCGGGCCCGUCGCCGCCCGGAGCGUGGAGGGGAGCGCGCCGUCCCGCCGGAAGUGACCGCUCGGCCCCGAGGAGCGUGGCGGGAGCCCCAGGAGCUGUCAUGGAGCAGGCUCGGCCGGACGCGGAGUCCGACGACGCCAUGGACUCGUUUCUGGAGAAGUUCCAGAGCCAGCCCUAUCGCGGCGGCUUCCGCGAGGACCGGUGGGAGGAGGAAUUUGACAAGAUCCCUCUCUUUAUGAAGAAAGCGCCGUCCGAGAUCGAUCCCAAGGAGAACCCCGACCUGGCUUGCCUCCAGUCCAUCAUUUUUGACGAGGAGAGGUCCCCAGAAGAACAGGCCAAGACCUAUAAAGAUGAGGGCAAUGAUUAUUUUAAAGAAAAGGACUAUAAAAAAGCUGUGGUUUCCUACACUGAAGGACUGAAGAAGAAGUGUACAGACCCGGAUCUGAACGCUGUCCUUUAUACCAACCGGGCCGCAGCCCACUUCUACCUCGGCAAUUUUCGUUCAGCUCUCAAUGAUGUGGCAGCUGCGAGGAAGCUGAAACCGAACCACCUCAAAGCAGUAAUCAGAGGUGCCUUAUGCCAUCUGGAACUGAAAAACUUCACUGAGGCGGUGAGCUGGUGUGAUGAGGGACUACAGAUAGAUCCUACAGAGAAGAAGCUUCUGGAAGUGAGAGUUAAAGCCGACAAGCUGAAGCGAACCCAACAGAGGGAUAUGCGGAAAGCGAAGGUGAACGAGAAGAAGGAGCAGAGUAAGAAUGAAGCUUUACUCCAGGCCGUCCAGGCUCGCGGCAUCAGGCUCGCCGCUGCGGCUGCUGGCGAGGAGGAAGACUCGGACUCGGAAGGCCCCGGUGAGCUCUGCCUGGACGGGCUCAGCUCUGAGAACCCCUGCGGAGCCAGGCUGAGCAUGGACGAGCAGGGCCGGCUGAGCUGGCCCGUGCUCUUCCUGUACCCGGAAUAUGGCCAGUCAGACUUCAUCUCUGCUUUCCACGAGGACUCCAGGUUUAUUGAUCAUCUGAUGGUGAUGUUUGGUGAAACGCCCUCUUGGGACUUAGAGCAAAAAUACCGUCCUGAGAAGUUAGAGGUCUACUUUGAGGCUGAGGACGGGGCGGAGCUGUACCGGGUGCCCCUGCAGAGCGCCCUGCUGCCCGUGCUGCAGCACCCCAGGUACCACAUCAGAGCGCUGACGCCCGCCUUCCUGGUCUGCGUGAGCGCCUCGCCUUUCUGCAGGAGUUACCUGCAGGGCAGAACGGUGCGCCAGUGACUUCAGUGACUGCACGGGGCUGCGGGGUUGGUGCCCCCAAGCCCACCCUCGACACCCUGGCAGCUGCUGGCCGUGCUGGGGACCCUCCUUCCUGCCGUGGGGACAGUCCCCCUGCUCCGUCUUGUGCUGUCUGCUGAGUGCCACCUGGGACUCACUGCCAGCUGUGUGCUGCCUCUGAAGGGACCGUGGACGACAGUCCACAGCGGCUGGCCUCACGGACUCGGGACCCAGCUCCAGGACUGAGCCUUGGUGCAGACACACACACAGCCAUGCGCACGUUGGGGCAUUCACAGUGAGGCUCCCACCUGCGUCCCGAGCAGAGGACUGCCCUCGGGGGCUGUCGGUGCCCAGGAGGGCUGGCUCCGGCCUCUGCAGUUACGCCUCUCCAGGACUCCUCGGCUGUCGCCAGGACUCCCAGGCCGCUGUCUGGCGGCCAGUGAUGCCCGGAGGGUGGCUGUGAGCCCUCUCCUGCCCGAGUUUCCGGGACCCGUGCCUCCUGCAGAGGAGAGCCUGAUAUGUGGCGGAGCAUAGGCCGAGGUGGGGCGGUGGCCACCCCCUUCCCCACAGUGACCAUGUGCCAUUGGCUGUGGCCAGUGGCCGGCCCUGAGACGAGGAGGGCACUGAGGGUACAGACACGCCCUGGGGCCGCUGGCCUCUGCCUGGACACGCUGCAGCUGGGGUUUGGUUCUGCACCGGCUCCCCUCUCCGCCGUGAGCACUGUUUAAGAGGCUGUGCCUCAGGAGCCCGAGUGGUGAGUGGCCACACGAAUGCCAUGUCGAGAAAUAAACGUUUGUAGAAGCACUGAAAGGGGGGGCUUCUGU